AUGCAACGUCUGUUUUUAUAUCCAGUUAAUAACGAUGGUUUCUCUGUGCAAGUCCCUGUUCUCUGUCUUACUACAGUACUCUUUACGGCAGGAUGCGUGGAUGACAGUGUUUCUGAGUCGCACGUUCCCGCUGCUACUCAUCUUGUUAUGGAGCAUCUUAGGAAGACUGCAGGGGAGCAGGUGUACCAGCUCCGGGAUUUCGCACUUCUCUUAGACGGCUUCCCUCCUGAUGCAGUGGACGAACAAGAAAUAGCCAGCUUUGUGUGUACUUCGCUUCUGGUUAACCAGCCCCCGGAGUCCGUCGUUAAGGUUGUCAUCGGCUUUGACACCAAGCACUACGACGAGCAUGUGAAACUUUCCGAAAGCCUGAAAGAACGUCUCGAUACUCUUAAGGAUCGCAAUGAGUGCCUAACGAGGCUACACACGUGGAGAUCUAUUCCUGCGCCUCAUCCUGAAGAUAUUGUCUGGGAAAAUCUCAGCUUCUCGAGAGCCAAGAGAGUCCUUGUACAGGCUCUCCUGUGGGUUGUUGCCCUGGGACUGUGCACCGCCUCCUUCUGCAUUGCUGCUAUGCUGAUCAUCCUGAACAUCAGCUUGAAAAAUAAGGACUUUACGGGGACUGGAAUUGGCGUGAUUAAGCCAGUAGAAGAUUUGAUAAUGUCAAUAAACGGUAGCGCCAUACAAGAAGCUUUAAACGAUCCCGUAGGAUUCAUUUUAGCAAACUAUUUGCUUCCGUUUGAAAACCAGCUUGCACUGAAGCCCAAUAACACUUGA